AUGCCAUCAGCGACGCUGCAACAGCCACCUUGCAUUCCAAAGUGGGGACGGCCCAAGCAAACAACGAAGAAGCUAGACUGGGCAGAGAUCAAGGUCAUUGAUCUAUCUACGUAUGACGAACCUAAUGGAAAACAAAAACUGGCUGAAGAGCUGAGAGACGCAGUGCACCACACGGGCUUCUUCAGCGUUACUGGCACUGGUCUAACGCAGGAAGAGGUCGAGCGUCAAUAUGAUAUCGGUCAAGCUUAUUUCGACUUGCCGUUAGAAGAGAAGGGCGACCCAAAGUACCGAUGUGAUUUCGCAAAGGGCAACUACUUUGGAUACCGCGCUAUCGAGUCUUUCUCGCGCCGGUCUCUGGACAUAGCAUCCAAGAUCUUCACGCUCUUCUCUUUGAUCUUGGAACUACCCGAGACCUACUUCUCAGAUCAACAUCGCUAUGACGACGCAUCAGAAGACCAUCUACGCUACAUGAUCUACCACCCACGCCCCGCUGCCGACGAUGCCAAAGUUCAGAAUACUUGGUCUCGCGCGCACACUGAUUUCGGAAGCUUGACACUACUCUGGAGUCAAGAUGUUGCAGGUCUCCAACUCAAAACUCCGGCUGGAGAGUGGAAGUACGUUCCACCUGUUCCCAACGGCAUCAUAUGUAAUGUUGGUGAUACUUUGUCCUUCUGGUCUGCAGGCUACUUCAAGUCGACUAUCCACAGAGUAAUCAGACCACCAGAGGAUCAAGCGCAUAUUCAUCGGCUGGGGCUGUUCUACUUUGUCAGACCGGGAAAUGAGGUCGAUAUCAAGCCUGUGGCAUCACCUUUGUUGAGAAGGUUGGGGCUUGUCGGCGAAGAUGCCGAAGAAAGGGAGCCAGUGAGGGGUCUGGAGUAUGUUAGGGAAAGAGUGAAGGAUUAUCAUGACCAUGGGGACUAUGCGGACAAGAAAGGCAAGAAGUUCAAAGUGGGAAACUUGGAAAUCGAAGACGAGGCGGCAUAG